AUGGAGACGAAGCACAAGUAUCUCCGCGCGUACACAAGAGCAAUGCUGCACAAGGUCAUACCCUACGGUGGAAAGGGACGAACGGGAGAAGCGCUCAAUCCUAUCUCGUUGGGCUCUUCCGAGGACGAGGACGAGGAAGAUGCCAUGGCUAACGAUAGGAAACCGAGGCGGACGAAGCCUUCCUAUGGGCAAGAUCAGGAUGCUGCCUUUUCUGCGGAAAGUCAACACCUCGGCAACGAGAAUCGACCGUUGAUUACUGGUAAAUAUGACCAACAAAGAACGGAGACAAAUCGGUUACGGAAGAGGUUGAACUGUGAAGAGCGCCGGUUCCAGCUGUGCGCAACCUUCGAUUCUGCCAAGUUCGACGCAAUGGUGUAUGGCCAGGCCAACGCUGCAAGCCCUCCCGAGGGGGUCGUAGUUCCAACGGCUCCAAUUAAUGGUUCAACGAACACCCCGUCCUCGGGCGAAAAUCCCGAGCAGCUCUACAUGAAUUUUGAUCCUCGGAUCCAUUGGCCACACAACCGCUCCAACGAGUGGUACAAACUCAAGAUGGAAGAGAUCAAGGCCCGAGGUGGACGUAAGGCCAACUUCGGCAAAGCAGCCCAACGCAUGCGGCAGCAUAGGCUGGAGGCGGAGCGGCGUACCGAGAAAGAGAUGUGGGCAAUUGAACAAGGCGCAUCAGUUUCGACCAACAAGCAGCCCCAGCCGUGGUCUCACCACAGACAUAUGGAUUUCGGCGACGUUCCCCAGGAGGAGCUGCCGGCGUAUGUCCGCAAGAAUCCGGAAUGGAUGCACGCGACGGCAUGGAUGCGAGAGAACCGCGAGCAGAAUCUGCGCAGAAACAGAGAAGCGGCUGCACUGCGUGCAGCCGGUCUACCUUGGGAGCAUCUUUUUCCUCGGAGCGGUCGCUGA